AUAAACAACUCCAGCGCCCUCCUCCCCAAUGUCACCUUGGGCUAUGACAUCCACGACACCUGCUCAGAGCCCGCCAGCCUCCAUGCCACGCUGCGCGCCCUCACCCGGAAAGGUGGGCGGGAGGUCGAGGUGCUCCCCACCUUUGGCCACUAUGAGCCCGAAGCAGUGGCCGUCAUUGGGCCUGACAGCACCCGGCUGGGCCUCCCCACAGCAGCUGUCGCUUUCUACUGGCUUCCUUUGCAGAUUAGCUACGAAGCCUCCUUGGAGACGCUGAGCCUGAAGCGGUUCUACCCCUCGUUCCUGCGCACCAUUCCCAGCGAUAGGCAGCAAGUGAAGGCCAUCUUUCUGUUGCUGCAGCAGUUUGGGUGGAAUUGGGUGGCUCUGCUGGGCAGUGACAACGCCUACGGCAGGAACGGCUUAGACGCCCUCUACAAGCUGCUGACUGCAAGCGAAGUGUGCGUUGCCUACCAAGGCAUCAUCCCCGUCAACAAGGACGCCAGCAGCCCGGAGCUCCACAACCUGGUCAGGAUCCUCAAGGACAUCAGGGUCAACGUCACUGUUGUCUUCUCCAACAGACGAAGCGCCUGCCCUUUCUUUGAGGUGGUGGUCCAGCGGAACGUCACAGGCAUGGUGUGGGUGGGCUCCGAAGACUGGUCGUUAGCCCAAACACUCUGGCAGGUGCCUGGCAUCCAGAGCAUCGGCUCAGUGAUUGGGAUGUCAGUUGAGAAGACAGAGUCCACGAUGCUGGAACGCUUUGAAUCUUGGAAGAUAGCAGAGGAAAGCCCUGCGGCUGAAUGUGCCGGCAGCACAGGGGCAGGCCGGGGGAGUGGAGAGAGCGACCAGCAGGUAUUCCAGCUGGACUGCCCCCAGCGCUGCACUGGCUGCCACUCGCUCAGCGCUGCCCCCGACGUGUACGACGCUCAAGCAUCCUUCAACGUAUACUCAGCUGUGUAUGCUGUGGCCCAUGGCCUCCACGACCUGCUGGGCUGCGCCUUGGGGGCAUGCAGCAAAGGCACAGUCUAUCCCUGGCAGCUCCUACAAAAAAUCAAGCAAGUAAACUUCACCCUGCACAAGAGCCACAUCUCUUUUGACGCCAACGGGGACAUCCGUAAAGGCUACACCAUUGUCAUGUGGAACUGGAGCGGCCCGAGCUGGGCUUUCGAUGUGAUAGGAACUUUCAGUGUGAACCCCGACAGGCUGAGCAUUGACCAGGGCAAAAUCCUCUGGCACACAAAAGAUCGCCAGGCUCCCACCUCGGUGUGCUCUGAGGCCUGUCAACCUGGGGAGAAGCGGGUGGCGGCGAGCCGCCACCGAUGCUGCUUCAGCUGCGUGGCCUGUCCAUCAGGAACCUUCCUGAACAGAUCAGCCCUCUACAGCUGCCAGUCCUGUGGGGUAGACGAGUGGGCCCCGGCAAGGAGUGAAGCUUGCUUCAAUCGCACCGUCGAGUUUCUGUCCUG